AUGGCUCCUGGCCCGCUGUCCACCCCAUGGACAGACCGCAUUUUCCCCAUGGCCGGAACUCUGGCUCAAUUGUGGGAAAUUGAAGAGCAGAAUGCCUACUCAGAGCCCGAAACUGGCCCAUACGCAGCUCAAAUCUUCGGUGCUGCGGGAAAGGAGUAUUGUGAGAGAUACGGCGCCCGUCCCGAGCACAUUGCCGCCAUUGCCGCCAAGAACCACACCCAUUCGGCCAGGAAUCCCUAUGCCCAGUUCCGGGUUCCCCUCAGUACCGCCAAAGUCCUAAAGUCCCGUCGCGUUUCCCGAGACGUGACGCUGCCUAUGUGUUCGCCGACGUCUGACGGCGGUUCGGCGGCUGUGGUGGCAAGCGAGACUUUUGUCCGCAAACACGGUUUGGAGGACCGGGCAGUCGAGAUUGCCGCUGUUGCCGUCGCCUCCGACUCAUCUAUUCUUUACAACGCUCGUUCCCGCAUCGAGCUUGCUGGUGCUGACAUGACACGUCGUGCAGGCAGGGCAGCAUUUGCCGCGGCAGGAAUGUCUCCUGCAGAUAUCCAGGUCAUGGAACUUCACGACUGCUUCGCUUCCAACGAGCUCAUCACAUACGACGCGCUAGGGCUGUGCGAGCCAGGAACCGCCCAUGAGAUUGUCGAGGCUGGUGACAACACUUACGGCGGCAGAUGGGUUAUUAACCCAUCUGGUGGGCUCGAGAGCAAAGGUCAUCCCCUCGGUGCUACAGGCCUGGGGAUGAUCUUCUCAGCGGUCCUUCAAGUCCGUGGAGAGGCUGGUCGACUCCAGGCUCCGGGAGUCCGUAACGCCCUUACACACAAUCUUGGUCUCCGUGGGGCCUGCGUAGUCUCUAUCCUCCGCCGCCCCUCAUUCUGGAAGCCAGGUUCUACCGCGACAACCCGUUUCGGCUACAACGUGGCUGACGAGGUGCGCCAGAUUUCGGCUGUGGAGCUGGCCAAAGUUCGAUCCCAGCUCCACUAUUCUGACUUCAUCGUUCCGCCGCUUGCUGGCUCUGGCUGGGCUGGUACCCGGCUCGGCACUGAUGCCCUGGCCUUGCGUGCCCGGCUCUAG